CUGCCGAAGGGGAAGAAGAGAAGAAAAUAAACGAAGCUGAUCCAUAGUAUUAAGCGGCGUCUAGAGCUUCAGAUGGGCUGCUGUCACACAGGAGAGGGACGUUUACAAACUUGACAGCUGCAUUUUUACUUUUGCACGUGCGGUUCCGAUUAAUCAUUUGAAUAGAUCGGUAUUUUCUGCAACUUCAUGUUUUCUGUGUGAGGAAAACUUUUUUCUUUUUGGUGGCGGUUGUGCUGAAAUUGGGGUUGGGGAAGGGAGGAAAAGAAAUCUAACCAGGCCGAAUGUUUAGGAAUGGCUGAAGAGAACAGCAAGGGUCACAGCAAUAAGAUAAAGAAAGCUGCGGUUGCUGAGGAAGAGGGGAGUGAGGAAGAAGAGGAGGAAGAGGAGGAGGAGGAGGAAGGGGAAGGGGACCUGAGUUUGGAGAAGGCCCUGCAGCAGUGCGACCUGAACCAGGACAUGAUCGACAUCAGCAUCUCCAGCCUGGAGGGGCUCAGGACCAAAUGUUCCGCUUCCAACGACUUGACACAGCAGGAGAUCCGGAUGCUGGAGGUGAAACUUGUCAAAUAUAUUAGUAAGCAGUUACAGUGCAAACACAAGGUACCACCCAGUGAGAGAACAUCCGAGCUUGAGAGAUAUCCCCGACUAAGUGACUGGUUCCGGACCAUAAACCUAAGAAAAGAAAUAAUACAAGAGGUCCCAGGUGAUCUGACACUAGACAUUUUGCUGAAUAUGUCCGAUACGAAGGUUUGUGAAGUCAUGAAGAGGUAUGGAGCUAACCCUGAGGAAUGCUGUCGGCUAAAUGCUGCCCUCUCCUGUUUAAGAAGCAUGAAUGAUUCAGGUGGUGAGCUACAAGAUGACACUGUUCUUUGGACUUCAUCCGAGACAAGACGAGAAAGCAGUACUGCAUCUCCUUCAGAACUAUUUUGUCCUAUUGGUUCAAGACAGCCACACAGUCCUUCCCCUGUUCCCAGACUAAUACCCUCUCCACCACGUUCAAUAUCUGUUUCUGUUAUUCCAACUUCGGAAUCUAUAUGCUUGCCAAAUCGCUCCGACAACUUAGUAGACCCUUUUUCACCAUCCCCUCGACCGGGUCGGCGAACAUCAGGGCCCCAAACUAUUACAAUUACGCCACCAGCCACUCCUCCCUCUAAGAAGAAGCAUCGUUUUAAGCCACCCCGAACUCCACCACCACCUUCUAGGAAACUUAUUCAGCUUUUUCCUGGUUUCUCUGGACUCACCAGGAGUAAAUCUCAUGAAUCACAACUGGGCAAUAGAAUAGAUGAGGUACCAACAAUUAAGUUCGGUAAGAAAAACAAGUUUUUUCUCAAUCUGAACAUCAAUGGCAGUGGCAGCAGCUGUGAUGAUAUUGCUACCCGGUCCCCUUUAAUGCCAUGUAGGCCUUUCUUUCCUCAAUCUAUUGGGAGUUCUCACUGUGUUCCCACAACGCCUUGUCCGUCUGAUGACCACAGUUCUCCUAAAAACACUUUACAUGUACCACGUGGAUCCCCUCAGAUGGUGCAGAGAGAUUUUGGGCUUUCCAUUACACAUAGGUUUUCAACAAAAUCCUGGCUAUCACAGACAUGUCAAGUUUGUCAAAAAAAUAUGAUGUUUGGCGUAAAGUGCAAGCAUUGUCGAUUAAAGUGCCACAACAAAUGCACGAAAGAAGCUCCUCCAUGCCGGAUAUCAUUUCCUCAAAUAUCAUCAAAAAUUCGAAGAACCGAGUCUGUACCAUCUGAUAUAAAUAAUUCUGUGGAUAGAUCUGCAGAACCUCAAUUUGGCACUCUUCCAAAGGCACUAAAAAAGGAUCAUGCACCAGUUCCUUUGGAUUCCAGCAGCAACCCAUCUUCAACAACAUCUUCAACUCCUUCUUCUCCAGCACCUUUUCAGUCUUCCAAUCCUCCUAGUGCCACCCCACCUCCAAAUCCUUCUCCAAAAGGUCCCAGAGACAGGUUCAAAUUUCCAGCUGCGUACUACUUUCAUCAUAGACAACAGUUUAUCUUCCCAGAUGUUCCUAGUCCAUCGCUGCCUGUCACUUUACAACCCGAUAAUUCUGAAGACACUAAUACCGUUGAGGAAACUGAACCAGAAGUAGCUGAAGAUCUGGAUGCAGAGAACGAAGACCAUGGACUUGAUGAUGAGGAAGUUAAUAAAUCUGAAUCAGAAUGUGAGACUGAUGAGGUGGAUGACUUGCCAAAUACCAGGUCACACUACAGAGGCCUGAUGGCUCGCAAGCCCAGCCAAACAAGUGUCUUUCUUCAGGAAUGGGACAUUCCUUUCCAUGAAUUGGAAGUUGGUGAACUGAUUGGCAAAGGGCGAUGGGGAAAAGUUCAUAAAGGACGUUGGCAUGGAGAAGUAGCAAUUAGGUUGUUGGAGAUUGAUGGGAAUAAUCAGGAUCAUCUGAAAUUGUUCAAGAAAGAAGUGAUGACUUACCGGCAAACGAGGCAUGAAAAUGUGGUACUUUUCAUGGGAGCUUGUAUGCAUCCUCCACACUUAGCCAUUAUUACAAGUUUCUGUAAAGGGCGAACACUCUUCUCAUUUGUGAGAGAUUCUAAAAUCACACUGGAUAUUAACAAGAUCAGGCAAAUUGCACAAGAAAUCAUAAAAGGGAUGGGGUACCUUCAUGCAAGAGGUAUAGUGCAUAAGGAUCUAAAAUCAAAGAAUAUCUUCUAUGACAAUGGCAAAGUUGUAAUUACAGACUUUGGACUAUUUGGUAUAUCUGGUGUUGUACAAGAAGACAGGAGAGAGAAUGAAUUGAAGCUGCCAAAUGGAUGGUUAUGCUAUGUAGCUCCUGAAAUAGUCCAAGAAAUGUAUUCAGGCAAGGAUGAAGACAAACUUCCAUUUUCAAAGGCGGGGGAUAUAUAUGCAUUUGGGACUAUUUGGUAUGAGCUUCAGGCCAGAGAAUGGCCAUUUAAGAACCAACCUGUUGAGGCAAUAAUCUGGCAAGUUGGUAGUGGAGAAGGAGUCCAAAAUCUACUAGCUCAGAUUUCCUUGGGAAAGGAAGUGACGGAAAUUCUGUCUGCAUGUUGGUCUUAUGAUCAAAAUGAAAGGCCAACUUUUACUCAGCUGAUGGACAUGCUUGAAAAACUGCCAAAACUCAACAGGCGACUUUCUCAUCCAGGUCACUUCUGGAAAUCUGCAGAGUUGUCAUUCUGAAAAAAAAAAGACACCACAGCAAGUAAUUGUAGCUGUUGAUGCAAAAUCUGGGUCUGCCUUGCAUGCGUACAAACUUUUCUCCCCUGUGAUGCAACAACUUUGGCAAUCAUUUCCAUCAUUAAAUCUUCAAACUUAACCCUUGGAGACAAUGUAACAGUAAUGUUAAUGCUCCCAAGCUUCUUUGCCUUUUCUGAGUUUUCUUUCUCUGGGCUAAUGGCUUCAAAGAUAACAUCGUUUACAGAAAACCAUUCUCCAUACUAACAGAAUGAGCCUGAUUACUUGGAAUCACUUCAAACAAAAUACCUGUUGCUGAGCUGUGUACGGUUUUACUGACUAUACUAAUACUACACACAUGCUGAAGGAACAAGCAAAACGUUUGCACUGUGUGUGGUUUUCUACUUUUCAGGUCUUUAUUUGACCAUUUAGAUCUUGUCCAUUUUUAAAUUUUUAACUUGCUUACACAUUGGCUCUUUUGAGAUUGAUGUUGGUAUGUCUUUUCUUUGCAGUACUAUCCCUGCUGGGAUAGAAUUGGAAAAAGAAGUUAAUCUGUUCUAUUUCUCCUAUUUCUUUUCAGCAUUAAUAGUAGCAAAGUUCUUGCAAGGUUCGAAAGACUUGACCUGGGAAUUCUGGAACAGCAAAGCAAUCAAAAGCUUUAAUGGGGAUGCUCACUUUGUUUUCAUGGGUUGUGUUUCAGUGAUAUCAUCAUCCAGUUAUGUUCCUGAAAAUAUUUCCAAAAAUGUUUCUUCGUUCACUACAUUUUUUCCUGCAACAGUUGAGCUGACAAGUGAGCAAGUAAAGAAUGGGACUGUUGAGUAUUGGGAGACUGGUUACCACGUCCUGGUACCUUUUUAUACAUAGAAUUUUUGUUAUUUCAAGACAUAUACUAUUUAAGUAGCAUAAAAAACAUUGUCUUAAACAUGCCUUGUAAUUGCUGGGGAUUUUACAAUUUCAGUUUAUCAGCACUUUCAUGUCCACUUCAACCCAAUUUCAUCCUGAAAACCUCUGUUGAAUCCACAGAAAAAUAAUCAAAUCAAGGAAUAGAAACAGAGUUAAGCCACUUAUUUAAAGUUUUUCACAUUAAUUGGUGAAUCUUAUUUGUCUGAAUGUUCACAAUUGAUUAAAAAAAUCUGAAAGGCAAGUUAUGAACCGCUUGGGUGUAAGUCUUAUCUCCUUCUGUAAAUUUGUAGGUACUGUGAGCAGUGAAAUAAAGGUGGGGAACGAUUGAAGCAUUCACAAGUUGAAUGUAAAGUGAAAAAUGCUUCAGAUGAAUUGUUAUCAGUGUGCCAAUUAAAAAUCUGUGCAUGGAAUCAAAAUUAAGUUGAAAGAACCCUUUAAGGAACAAAUGACGAAAGUAACACAGAAUUGUAACAGUACAUGAGGCCAUUUGGUCCACUGUAUCAUCAGCUCUUCAAAUGAGCAAUUUACCUAACAUUUGCCCCUACGUUCUCCCUGUAAUCUGCACAUCCUCUCUUUUCAGAUAAUAACUCCAUUCUCUUGACUGCACCUGACUCCACCACACUGAGGCAGAGCAUUCUAGAUCUAAACCACUCACUGCAGAAAAAUGUUCUCCUAAUAUCUCCAUUCUUUUGGAAAUUAAUUCUAAUCUGUACUCUCCCAUUCUCGAUCCUUUCAACAAUGGGAAAGUUUCUUCCUUCUUGAUCUUCUGUUUCCAAACUCCACAUGAUUUUUGGACAUCUUUCAUAUCUCCUGCCCAUCUUCUUUUCUCUAUUGAUACCCAGCCUAACUUAUCUCAGUCUACAUGCUUGAAAUUCCUUGUUCCUGGAACCAUCUUUGUCAAUUUCUCUCCUGUAUCUUCAUAAAUGAAUGGAGUGCAACCAUAGACACAGUUCUCCAGUUGAGGCUAGCCAGUGUUUUAUACAAGUUUAACAUGACUUCCUUGCUCUUGGUAUCUAUGGCCGCCUUAGUGGAGCUGAGAAUACUGUAUGAUUUAUCCACUGUUGUCAGUCUGUCCUGCAUGACUUGUACACAAAAUCACCUCAGUCCCCCUGCUCCUGCACUCCUUUAGAAUUGUAUUUUGUUUUGGUAUUCUGUGUUCUUCCUCACAAAUGUAUCACUUCAGACUUGACUUCAUUGAACUUCAUUUGCCAUUUCUCUGGCCAUUCCACCAACAAGUCUCUGAUCUUGAUCCUCACAGUUUGCAAUGCUUCCAAAUUAUAUCAUCUGCAAAUUUUGAAAUGCUGCCCUGAAGUCAAGGUUGUUAACUUAGAGUUGUACAGCACAGAAGCAGUCCUUUUGGUCCAACUUGUCUGCGCUGACCAGACAUUUCAAUCUGACCUCUUCUCAUUUGCCAGCAUUUGGCCCAUAUCCUUCUAACCCUUCCUAUUCAUAUAGCCAUCCAGAUGCCUUUUAAAUGUUGUAAUGGUACCAGCCUCCACUGUUUCCUCUGGCAGCUCAUUUCAUACCACCCAAAGCUCUGGGGAGAAAAGCCUCAGCCUAUUCAGCCUCUCCCUAUAUCUCAAACCCUCCAGUCCGGGUAAAAUCCUUGUAAAUCUUUUCUGCACCUUCUCCAGUUUAAAACUUACAGAAGGGUGACCAAAAUUGUACACAGUGGUUCCAAAAGAGCAAGUAUCUGAACAGUGAUCCUGGGGGAACUUGAUUACCAACCUUCCUGCAGUUCAAAAAACAUCCAUUAACAAGCACACGGUCUGUUGUCAGUUGGUCAGUUUUGCAUCUCUGUUGUUAGUGUUCAUUUUUGUUUCAUGAGUUUGGUCUACCUGCACAUUUUCUUUGUAGCUGGGGGUGGGGUGGGGAAGGAGGGUGGGUGGGUUCAGUGUGUGGAUAUGCAUAUUGAAUGACAAAUUUAAAUUUGUAGCACCGUAUACGCAUGGGUAUCUCUUGACAACAAUAUGUUUUGUACCCAUGUGCAGAAAGUCUGCAGAAAAGAUUCCACUUGGAGAAAGUAUAGCAUAGUGAAAAUGUAUUUGAAAUGCUUUCAGUUGAAUGUUGUACUAGAUGCAGCAUGAUCUGUUGCUAAAUGUAUUGUCUGUGUUCUAAUCAAUCAUUGUUACUUUCAAGUUCUACAUGUGAGCCAUAUUAUCAAAAAAUUGUCAUUUUGAUGCAGUCUACUUAGUUUACAUUUUUGGUUACUAAAUGGUAAGAAAAUUUAAGCAUGCAACUCCAAAAAUUCUAAAUCUCUAAUAUCCUUUCAAGUGCAGAUGUUACAGGAAAUUAAGAGAAAAUGAAAGAAAAAUAUUCUGGCUAGGGAUCCUGUUUGCUCUGUUAAUGCAAACAGAGGACAAUUGUAUUUGAGAAUGUAGACUUUGUUUUCUAUGUUUUAUGUUGUGCCCCUUUUGGAACUAUUUAUGCCCAAGAAUAAUUGAAUUUUAUUUGUUAUUUGAAUCCUUGAAGUGAUCCUUCCUUCCCAGUCUGUUCCCCACAGGGACGAAGGAGAGGGAGACAACCUUGAGAAAUCCCUUGUUUGAUUUUUGGUGUUGCCCAAUUUGUAUUUUCUGUCUAAACAUUGAAUGAUUUACACAAACACAAGACUAUAUUAUACUGGGACCCUGAGCUCUGAGUUUUGACCUUUUUAAAAGGCUCUGUAUCCCAGUGAACUAUUUUGGUCGUGGAGUUGAACCUUUUUUGUAUUUGUCAUGCACACAAGAUUCUUUUCAAGCAGCCUACAUUUGAUUCAAGUGUCUGGGAAAAGCCCUGCAGUAAUUGGAUUCUGCAUCUUUGGCCUUGGAUUGAUGCUGAGGACCACUCUGUAAAUAGAGCCGCAUUCUGAGUGUUUACAUACAAACUCACUUCUUGGUAAUGUGAAACAGAAAACCGUUUUAAUGUUUUUUUUUAGAUUUUUGGACUACAAAAGAAAUGGUAAUUAGAAAGAGACCUCUGUAUUGUAACUAAUCUGCCACAAAGACCACUGAUUCUCUGGUGUUUGCAUGAACCUUUUGGUUUGGAUAAGACUUGUAUUGGAAUGUGUAUGUAACUGAGGCAAUCGAUUAUUUCUUCAAUAAUUCAAAUUUUAUAGUAUGUCUAUAAAACUUGUAAAACUCUUUCAUAAAUUUAGGAGGCCAUAUUUAUGCAAACUUUGUAACCAUACUUGGAUGAUAUGGGAGGAAAUACAACUAAGUCGGAGAAAUGAAAUCCGUUUCCCUCCCAUAAUAUAAAAUACCAAUCAACAUAAUGUCUGAAUUAAAUCCAACUGUUUUUAAUAAGGAAUGUUCCAUUUAUUAAAUAACAUAUAUUUGUGAACUGUAUAUUUAAAAAAUUUUGGACCAUACAUAAUAUUUUGGAGUUCCGGCAAAUGGGUACAAUUCAAAUUAAUUUGAAAGUUAGUUGUUGAAUAGUGUAUCCUUUUGGAACAGGUGCAUCAUUGAAACUUGAACUGCAUUUGGAAGCCAUUUAAAACUCACUAUUGUUGAAUUCUUAAUUCUUUGUUCAUUCAUCGUUCUGACACUGUUGAUAUGUUGGCAUGUAUGAUGAGCCAAUCAAAUUAUUGGCCGUCCCAAGCUAUACCAAAAGAUCUAGAAUCCUAACCAGAUGUAAAUGAAAAAUCGCCUUGACACCUAAACCAAUGCUACCAAACACCAUGAGCAGAUGAGACAUCUUCCCAAAGAGAAUACAACAAUUUCAUUGAACCCCCUUGUUCAUGCUCAUACAGAAGCCAGCAUAACAUUACAGGGAAAUUAAGUUUGUACUUCACCUUCAUGACCGUUGACUGACAUGGCUUACAGUCCAAUAUCCAUUUAUUAAAACCUUUUUAAUGUUUAAAUCUCUCUGUGACCUGGCUCCUUCCCAUAUUUGUAACCUCCAGCAACCCGCUGUUCCUCCAACUCUGGCCACUUAUACAUACCCCACUUUGUUACCGCCUUGCCAUCACCUGUUUGUUUUAAACAAUGUAAUUCUCUCCUCCAACUUUGUCACCUUGCAAUUUUAAGAUGCUCCUUUUAAAUCUUCCUACUUUGACUAAGUUUUUGGUCAUCUUUCCUAAUGUCCUCCUCUUUGCCGCAGUGUAAAUCACUUCUUGUGAAGGGCCUUAUGUUAAAGGUGCUUUAUAAUUACAAACCAUUGUAACUUUGCAUCUUUCCAACAUAUGUAGAGUUUAGAAACAAGAUCCCAGGUUCUGUUGAUAUUCAUCUUCACUCGGAGAGAGGCCAGAAGUAUCCCCUGAGCAUUGGAAAAGAUAUGAGAAGUUUUUGCAUUGCCCUGUACAUGUGAAAUCUUGCUUGUUAUCAAGGGAAAUGUUAACAGGGGUGUGGACUCCCUGAGCCAGAGGUCUGUGCUACAUCAGAACCCAAUUUUUCUUUGAGGCUAGCAAGUUGAUUGAAUUUAACAAUGUCAGCCAACUCCAUUGAGAGGUAUAGCAGCAUGGUGGUUAUAUUCCUGGAAUAGGGAUCCAGAAGUCUGUCUGAAUGUUCCAGAGACACCAGUUCAAAUCCCACUAUGGCAGCUGGGGUACACUGAAUAAAAGCUAGCUUCAGUAAUGAAGGUCAUGUACCUACAAGAUCGUUCAAUACCAAAAUUCUCUAAUUCGUGCACUCCAGAAUCACUCACGUGGAUCUGGAGUGCUCUGUGAAAUGGCUUAAUAAGCCACUCAGUUGCACUCAAGAUGCAUUAUUAAGAUAGUUGAGGGUUGAUAUUAAAAUCUGGCUUACUAGUGAUGUCCUGUAUUCUGUCAAUAAAUUGACAAAUAAAGGGGGACAAAUACAGGCUUCGGUAGGAGAUCAGCCUUCAUCAGUGCAGAAAAAUAAGUUUGUGUAAAAUAGUUCAGUGCAACCUGGGUCAGGAAGGGUGGUCGAGUUCCAUUGGGGCAGGUAGCAGCCAGAUUUUCAACUGUUGUGGAACUUAUACAUAUUUGCUACCAUUUAAAGGGAUCUCUUACAGACCCAGCAAACUCUGAUGGAGUUAGCUGUAAGAAUAUUGGAAGCAAUGCAAUCCUGGCAUUACAUUCCAAGCACUAUUAGCUCCCAGAUCCGGAUGAAGGGCUUUUGCCCGAAACGUUUAUUUUCCUGCUCCUCGGAUGCUGCCUGACCUGCUUUGCUUUUCCAGCACCACUCUAAUCUAAACUCCCAGAUCUCCAGUCUGCUGUCUCUCUUCAGUGUCCUGUUAUGUUGGGUUGAACAGAUAACAGAAAUGUAAAGUUAAAGACAGUAUAUAUAACUUAAAAGCAGUUUCAUUGCAUUCACAUGUCAAUCCAAUUAUCUCCUGUCCAGUAACUCUUACACUGUCUUCACUCGUUCUCCACACUUAGUGCACAACACCAUAGAUGAUCAACUUACCGAUGAUAAAUAUUGAAUAGAGUAUCUUGUGGUUUUGUGCAUUGAGUCCUUGAGGAUUAAGUAAACUGUGCACACACAAUAGGGCAUUGUAUCCGGUUGGUCCAUGCUGGUGUUAAUGCUCCAGGUGAGCCUUGUACCACCUCUCCUCACUAUGUUCUAUUGAAACUUAGUAGCUCUUGAAGUAGCUAGAAACAAUUUCAGCCAUUGUGUUGGGUAUUAGUCUCAAUGCAUUACUGUUGUACAUUCAGUUUUGACAAGAGGGAAGGUUUUAAGCUACAAUUGAAAACUGUAGAUACCAGUGAGGAAGGUUUGAAUCUCUGCUCAAAAUUGAGUUUGAAUUUGUCCACGUUGAGUAGAUAAUCCAAUUCUUGUUGAAACCUCAAAGUGGAAUAUUCAGAGGGAUUUUGAUCUGAAAGCUCUCCUUUUUUCCCUCAACCCUCUGCAAAAUGCCAAAUUUUAGAUGUUGGCAGUUCCAUUCUUGUGACUGAAAAGGGAGGGAGCUAAUUGACUAGAGACAGGAGCGAGGGAGCUGAAAGGACAAAGGAAAAAUGACAUGAGAAUUUUGCAGAUGUUGUGACUACUUGGAAAGUUGCUGAGAGAAAUUGAAGGUCAGUUGGUGUGAGAGGGAAUUGAGAAAUGGAACUGAAGAAAGAAAAAUCAUUUGAAGUUUCUAAUAAAAGCUUAUGAGCAAACAGCUUCAGUGUUUUUUUCAAAAAAAGGAAUUUGACAAGUGGUUGGCUAGUUAAGAUCUUGUCUAUGCAAUGGAAAAUUGGGAAUAAAAUAAUCUGUUUUAUGAAUGAGAAGGAGUGAAACUUGCUAAUGCAAUAUUUGAUUGUAAUGCAGAGGUUAAGACCUAGUUUAGGAAUUUUAUUUUUGUCUUGGUGAUACAUUCAUGAUUAAAGCAUUCUAGUUCGUGUAACUGUGCUAAAAUUUGUAAAAUUUCAGUUAACAACUUCCACAUCCUAAGGAUCUAUCUCUGCUCGACACAUGCUUAUUCCUCAUCCCUAUCUCAUUAUGUAUCAUUUUAAUAUUCCUCCUUUUGCCGUUAAGUAUUCCCUUUUGCAAUGAAUGCUUCUGAGCUCUUUUCAAAUUAGCCUUAAUGUUCUUGCAUUGAUCUCUGGAUUGCUUCUUAUUCCACAUAGUAAUUAGGUAUAUCAACCUAAUUGUAAUUACUUUGGAUCCAUUAAUCGUUUAUUUUAAAAAUGUUUAUUCCUUUUAGAGAAGAUAAAGGAAUUUUCAUGGUAUUAACUGUAUCCCAUUGCUUGCACUUGCUACAGUCUGCUGAUGUUAAUCUUGAUCUGGACUCCAGAAACCUGAAUAUAGAAAGAGCACUGUCUUGUGUUUCAGAUGAGAUGUUAAACUCCAUGUUUCAUCUCAGGUUAAAUUAAGUAUCCCACAGUCGUGGUUAAAGAAGUGUGAGGUUGUUCGGCGCACGUCCUAAUCAACAUUAAUCCUCGAUUUAAAAUAACUGAAACAGAUCAUCUCAUCGUUUUAUCUCUUUGGAUAAUGGGAUCUUUAGUUGCACAAAUUGGCCUGUUAGAUUUUCAGGCUGUAAAGAUUUACAUUUAUAUGCAACCUGUUUAUGACCACCUGAUAAUCCCAGGCCUCUGCUACAGUCUUAAGCAGCUGGUAUUCCUGGCACUGUUUGUCUGGGGAGACUGUCCUGUUUGUAGGUCUUUACCAAAGCUUUCACAUCAGCUACAGUGGCACCUUGAACUAAAUCUGAUGAAAUCUCAAUAAAAGACUAAUAUCCAUGAUGAUGAUGAUGAAACUACUACAUUUGUUGUAAAAGCACAGCUAGUGCAUUAAUUUACUUGAGGAAAGGAAAUUUGCCGCUCUUACCCAGCUUAACCUACAUGUGAUUCUUAACUACCUUCGAAAAUAGCCUACCAAAAAAAGGCCGGCAUCUGGGAAUACUUUCACCAUUUGAAUUAUAGUUCAAAUACACAGUUUAUCACCACCUCGAGCAAUUAGGAAUGGGCAAUAAACACUGGCCUUGUUAAUGAUAAUAUCCAAUGAAUCAGUUUUUUUUAAAAUAAAGAAGUAAAAUUGGGAUUACAAAUAUUAUUAGCAGUUGGUUUUAUGCCUUUAAUGACCUACCUCUAUUCAUAAAUAAAACAUGAUUACUCUCAUGGUUCGAAGAUUCUCUCAGUUACACACACACACGCGCUCUCACACACACACACCAUUUAUUUUAGUUUUGGUUUUGUAACAAUUGUGGCAGAUUCCUUCAGCUACUUUUCUUUGUACUGCACCUGAGACUGAAUGUAAUGCAAACAUGUUACAGUGGCACCGAAGUAUAUUUAGCAGAGUAGCAUCAUAAGCACGAUGGUUUCAGUGCAAUCUUAAACAUGUAUUAUGAAUGUAAAUUACAUUUUAUGUUGGCUUCUUGAAGCUAGGUGUAGCAUUUUUGGUACUUUAGAAAUUCUGUACAUGGAUUCUCUUUGUGUGUGUGUGCACGCGUGUGUGGUUUUUUUAAAAAGGGGAGUUUUCAAUAAUUUAUUGGUGGCUUAAACUUUAAGGUUUGGGUAUUUUGUGUUGGAUUCUUGCACCUUGCACGUACACUGGUGCUGUUUAAGUUUAGUGCUUCCUUUGAAAAAGAAAUUAUGUAUAUUGUUGCUAAGUGGCAGCUGCCAUUUUGCAGUAUUUUGCAAUAAGUGGUGUGUUUGAAAUUUUAAUAUUAUGGGAUGCUUAUACAAGGGAGCGAAUGCAAGAAGUUUUCAACUCCAGAAAAUAAAUCUAAAUGUGAAAAAUGGCUGUUCUGAUUGUAGAAUAUUGCAGCAGUAGGUGAAAUGCAAUACUAUAUGUACAUGGUGGCUAUUAAAAAAAAAAGCAACAUAUUUGUCUAAGCAACUUAAUUAGAUUUGAAUGUGAUGUAAAUUUGUACAGUAAAAUUAUAUUUUCUAUAAACUGGGUUUGUCUUCCAGCAAACUGCAAUUAAUUUAUGAGAAUCUGUUAGUAUUAACCAAGGUCUAUGUUUAGUUAAUGCAACCCCAAGAGUCUCAGUAUGCUGGAUGAAUUCUGUAUCAGACAUGUAGGUUUUUGUGCAGACAAUAUUGUUUUAUUGCUCAUAAUUAAAAAUGUCAUUUAUCAA